AUGCAUGAAGCAUACGAGAUAUCGCACUUGCUCAAUGCGACAGUACAAAUAGAAGCUAUAGCAGCUUAUGAUAACAACUUGUUAUUAGGAACGAGACAAGGGCAUCUGUUGAUGUAUUCACUGUCUCAAACAAAUGGAAAUCAGAAAUAUGAGUUGCAGCUACUUAGAUACUGUAAGAAUUUUAGUAAAAAACCUAUUCAACAAAUAGAAGUUAUACCUGAAGAAAACUUGUUGCUGUGCUUGACUGACAAUGUCCUCUCUACAUACAAUAUAAACGGUGUUAAUUUUCCAUUGGUCAAGACAUUUGAACAAACAAAAGGUGCCUCGCUAUUUGCAUUAGAUAACACGCCCACAACAUCAAUGACAGGAGAAUCUAAUUCAGUUGUCCGUCUCUGUGUAGCUGUGCGAAGAAAAUUACAAUUAUAUUACGGGAAGAAUGGAGAAUUCAAACAACACUUGUUUGACUUUACCAUACCUGAUGUGCCGAAAGUCAUGUCGUGGGGCCAGCAAUAUGUUUGCGUGGGAUUCAAAGCCGAAUAUGUGCUUUAUGAUGUAGGUGAUACAAUUGAAUUUUGUUGA